UGUCAAUGUGUCAAAUUGUAAACACGCACUAUUAACGUCAUCGCGAUGGUUCAUAAUUUUAGAUAAUAAUAUGUUAUGUUGUUAAUACAAAAGAUUUUAAUUAAAGACCAAAAAUGACCGAAGAUCAAGAUGCGAAAGACUCUCAUUCGGAUUCAGGCAGCAAAACAUUUGUUAACAAAAAUAAAGAUAAAAAGGCAAAACCUCAUCGACCUCUGACAAAAAUAAUUUUACGACGAUUGCCAUCUACUAUGACUGAAGAAGCAUUUCUCGAGCAAGUGUCGCCAAUACCUGAACAUGACUAUUUCUACUUUUCUAAACCUGACCCCUCACUUGGUAACAAUGUUUACUCAAGGGCCUACAUAAAUUUCGUAAAUGUUGAAGAUAUUUAUCUCUUUAGAGAUAAAUUUGAUGGCUACGUGUUUUUAGAUGAAAAAGGUGUAGAAUAUGUGGGAAUUGUGGAAUAUGCACCAUUUCAAAGAAUCCCUAAGAAAAAAAAGAAGAAAGAUCCAAAAUGUGGAACUCUCGAAAGUGACCCCAUUUACCAAGAAUUCUUGGAAAAUCUUACCAAGGAACAGGAAACUGACAAUCAGCCUAAGCUUGAAUAUUCCUAUCCCGUUAAUGAUAGCAAUGACAAAAAAGUUCAAACUACCCCAUUGUUGGAAUAUUUGGCUGCUCGUAAACAGGACAAGCGAGGUAGAGAUGAACGACGCAGGAGAGAAAAUGAUAAGAGGAAGAUGAGGAUUGAAAGAAAAUCUAAAGAUAUAUCCAUCAAAGAAGAAGAUCUUUUGGACAAUGACGUGAAAAAAAUUCAAUCCAGAGAUUGGGACAAGGAAAAACCUAAUGAUUACAAAGAUGACGAUGGAUCGAUAUAUGAAUCUCGAUCUUAUAAAGAUCGUAAAAUAGUGUCUAGCAACGUAGUCGAUAGGAAGAAAAAAUUUGAUAAUGAUAAGAAAGGGAGUUAUGGUAAAGAUGACGAUAAUUUCGAUGAUGUUGACUAUAAAAAAGAUAAAUAUGACAAAGUUUUGGACUCACCCCGGGAACAGAAGAGUAAAAAGUAUAGUGAUACCAGAAAGGAAAGAAUCAAACUUGCAGAUGGAAAAUCAGAGAAACAAAAUACAAUAAGUAAAAUGAUAUCAGAGACAAAACCGAAAACAUUAAAUCAUGAUGAUAUUAAACCAUUUACUCAAUUGCCACACGUGAAAACAGAUGACUUGACGAAAUUACUCGAAAGCAAAUCUAAAGGAGAAGAUCUGAAUGCAAAACAUACUAAAAGUUCCAAUGAAGAUAUAUCUAUCAAGGAAUAUAAAUGUGAAGACUCUAAUGACACUAAAGUAAGAAGAAAUAGCUUAGAGCCUGGCGAUUUCACCUCAAAAGAGAAGUCGAUGUUGCAAAAGCAAAAAUCGCUAGAAGAUAGAAGCAAGUCCAUUGAAAGGGAAGAUUCAGAAGAGAAAGAAAAAAGUGAAAGCACAGAUCGCCGCACGGAAAGAAGAAUCAGAAACAAGGAUCGUCCAAGCCUCGUUAUAUACCAGCCGGGCAUGGGCAAGUUCAGCAAACAGCGUCUGGCGAAGGAGAAAGAUGUGCCCACAGUGAAAGCGGUUAACGAUAGCGAGAAAAAGGACACUUGAGAUAAAUGUCACGAUACCCAAAUCUUGGACAACAAUCAACGGAAUUACCCUGAAGCUGGCAUUCAGAAAGUUUCCUUGAAGAAUGUAGACGAGGAACCUUGAAUUUGCCAUCUGAGGGAACAGCUGCUCGUAUUAACUCAAAGUUAUUUUUAUUAUCUUUUACACGCAAUUUGAAUGCCUUGGAAAAUUCACGUUCAUUAGAAAAAUCAGUGUUUAGCAUUUGAUGCUCCAUAUUUAACUUGCGAUUUUUAGUUUGGUUUGUUUUAUUUCAUUUAAAUAUAAUUCUUUUUGCAUAA